AGCAUUUGACUAGGCCACAAUGGAUAUCGUGUGACUAUCCACCUUAUUCCUAGCUCCCAUGAUACUUUGCGUGAAUUAUGGGUAAGACUUCUGGAGCCGGGGAUUGCCAUGGUAACAGUCAUAAACAGUCAUUGCGGUACGCUAAUUGUCCUUCAGCGUUUGGGAAAUAAAACGUGGGAACACAGCCUAUUACAGCUCAAACGGGACAAUGUGUUUAUACCUCUGCCUUCUACUAUUGAGGGAUGCGAGGACGAUCUGAAAAAGUGUCCUCAGAUAACGUACACCAGCGUAUUUAGCUACUUUAUCAACUCUGUUGCUACAGACUGUGAAGCUAUGAAUAACCUGAAAAGCUCGGAGUCUUAUCAGUACCUCCACAGCAAUAAAGCCGGUCGCAUUUUAAUAAAGGAGGUGGGACACAACCUUGUCUACCUUAAAGCAGACAUAGAGCCUAUUCAGAGCCUUAAAGUCCCUCAUCACCGGUCCUGGGUUUUAGUUUCAUCUUCAGCUGGGUGCCCAUGUGUUGCUGAACCAGGGCGAUCUUGCAGCCAUGCUGGUGCAAUACUUUGGAAGUGGAAUACUCCUGACUCUGAGCGAGCCACCUUGCACAAGCGAGCCACCUUCCACCAGCGAGCCACCUUCCACCAGCAAGCCACCUUCCACCAGCAAGCCACCUUUCACCAGCGAACCACCCUCCACCAGCAAGCCACCUUUCACCAGCGAACCACCCUCUUCCAGCAAGCCAUGUAUUACGUCAUCAAAGGUCACGAAAAAAAAGGAAGAAAAUAAUAAUAAAUUAAAACAAAGAUAUCGGAUGAUUUUGAAGUUGGAAGAGAAAAUGAGAUGGAAUUUUUCGCCCUUCCUUUUUGAACCGGAGUACACAGACAAAUAACUUAGAUAGAUGACAUGACAUGUGACCUUUCCAACUUGAUGACGCAAUACGUGUUGCAUCGCAGA